AUGAGCAGGUAUUUCUCUCGUGCUUUGUCUCGAGGUCAGCAGCAACCCGAAGACGAGGAGAAGCACGAGUACGAACACUCUUUGGUACCUAAAUCGUCACUGUUACCGCCGGACGCUACCGUCACAGGUCCCAAGCUCGAUCCCAUCCAGUUUUCCUCUAUGGCGGGUCGAUCACAUCCUCCUCUGCCGCUUGUAGGCCAUCGGUCGUCGCAGGACGAGAUUCGCGCGUUGCUAGCACGGACUACACAGGCACUGGACAAAAUUGUAAGCAUUCGCGAGUCUAUGGAGGAUCUCGUAGACUUUAAACAGUUCGAUAGAAAGACGGAGCGUCUUUCGCGACCGUCGCGUGUUAGCUCUAGCAUCGCAGAACUUGGGGAAAACCCAACGAGGUCGACGCCAUCGUCGAGUUAUGGCAGCACUGAGGCAUCGUCUCUUUCUGAGGACAAUUUAGCGAUGGACCGAUCGACGAAUUCCACGAUCAACUCAUCUUCGUCGCUUGAAGAGGACAGAGAAUAUGACGUGGACAGGAACCGAGAGGAUGAUACGAAUGGACACUUGUCCCUGAACAGACUGGACUCUGAUGGUGAGCAACAUGAACUGGAAAUGGAGACGACAGAAGACGGAAAUCUGUAUGAUGAUGAUCCAGCCAGCAGUAGUUCCAUUGCUAGCUCCAUCUCAAUGGUGGGAGAUCUCGCACCUUUGAAGGAAGCUAGACUGGAACGACUCAAAAGUAUCAACAUUUCGUUCCAUGAGGGACUGCCGAAGGAGUUUUUCCAGUCGUUGUGCCGUUUUCUCAAUUCCGCGCUUGAGGUCAAGACUCGACACUCGAGGUUUAACUUUUACAAAGAUGCUUUUACGGGAGGUGACGCUGUUCGUGAGAUGCUGACAAGUGGCUUUGCUGAAGACCAUCCGACAGCUACGAGAUAUGGCAAUGUCCUUGUGCGACUUGGAUUUAUUGAGCAUGUUUCCCGAACGGACGACCAGUUGCACAACUCUAAGGACAACUUUUACAGAUUUACCAAGGUGCUUGAUUAUGAAGACACAUCGGAGGCUUUUGCCUCGGAUACAGCUACGCGGAGACGCACGUCGAUCAACGCUAACAAUUACCGUGAGUCAGUGCUCUCGAACGAGUCCGCAGAUUUGGUCGAGUACGAUUUUGCCACAGCUACCGACGAGGUGCAUGCAUUUGUAACGGAAGAGACGUUGCACGUGCUGGCGAAGGUGCUGUAUAAGAUGUUCGAGCGCAAGAACAAACUUCUGUUCUACAAGGGCUUUGUUGGCUGCUUUUUGGGCGCUGAGGCUGUGAAUGUCAUCCGCGAGAUGCGCAUUGCUACUACACUCAUUGACGCUGUGCUGAUCGGGCAGGCGCUCCUGGACGAAGGUCUGAUCGAGCCGAUCGCCGCGACAGUCUCUUUUUUCCAGGACAAAUACGUCUUCUACCGUCUCACGAAGAUAUCUUCGUCGUAA